UCGGCGGUGAUGGAGGAGGAAAAGGCUGAGGAGCAGCAGCAGUUCUCUCACCGGCAGAGGCUGAAGGCAGCAGUUCACUACACGGUUGGCUGUCUUUGCAUGGAAGUCGCAUUGGAAAAGCAGGUGCAGUUUAGCAAGCAGACCAUUGCAGCCAUCUCUGAGGUGACUUUCCGACAGUGCGAAAAUUUUGCCAAAGACCUUGAAAUGUUUGCCAGACAUGCAAAGAGAAGUACAAUUACCACUGAAGACGUGAAGCUCUUAGCCAGGCGGAGUAAUUCACUGCUAAAAUACAUCACCGAGAAAAAUGAAGAGAUUGCUCAGCUUAACCUAGAGCGAAAGGCCAAGAAGAGAAGGAAGCCAGAGGAUGAGAACAGGGACUCCAGGGAGCCCGAUGCUGAAGUGGGCGGCAGUGACAGACCCAUGAAGAGCCGAGAGGUGGCCCAGCAUGUUGUCACUGUCUUGGGGGAGGGGUGGGCUCAGCUGGGCAAGUACAGGUUUCUCAGAUGUGCCAGAGACAAGUGGCUGUCAGCCUUCGGGCUGCUGCUGCUGCUGCUCUGGGGGACCGCAGCCUCUGCCCUUGCCCAGGAGCAUGGUCCCACUCGCCAGGACAGUGUGGAUGCUGCAAAGGGGAAGGGAAGUGGCCUCCUGGCUUUCCUUGCUCGGUGGCAUGAGUGGAGCUCCCACGUCAGCUCCAGCGCCCUCAUCGGAGCACAUGCCAGUAGGGUGUCUAAGCGGCAGGGAAGUCCACCUCUCCAGCAGCCCCCACGCCAGGAUAAAAAACCCUGCAAGAACUUCUUCUGGAAAACCUUCUCCUCUUGCAAAUAACCCCACCCUGGCCACCCUGUGAAAUGC